AUGGCGCAUGCAUCCAACUCCCGGUUAGACGAAUCGUGGGUGGUCGAGGACCAAGGCGAUGAGAGCAUCAGUUGGGACGAACAUUCCGCAGCGUCGGACAUCGACGAAGAACAAAAGGCCACAUUCCAAAACAUACAGAACCCAGAGACGACAAGAGUUAUCCGCGAGCGACGCAAAUCUCCUAGGUUGUCCACCCCGACAUCACCAGAACCAGAGUUCAUUAUGCCAUCUUGGAGAACCACUAUCACUCCUUCGGAGCAAAUUGUUCGGAUGGCUAAACCUCCCACUACUACUAAAGUUGCCCAGUCAAAGAAGCAGAGAACCCUAGUACGGUCAGGUCGAUCGAAUCAAACACAGGCGCCCGCGCCAAUGGCGUCGCCAGUGGUGGACAAGAUAGUUCUUGUACUGGUGCAUGCCACCGAAUGGUCCCUCGAUGUCCUCGGGCAGACGCUGAAGACCUUGAAGCGGCCCAUCUCCUGGCUUCUUGCGGCAUACCUCUUCUUCGGCAUCUUGAUGCUUGUCCAAAACCUCCUGACGACAUCAGUCUAUACAGCUUUGUCGCCUAUAUGUCGCAUUCCCGGCGUGUCUCUUCUUAAUCUUCCACUCUGUCAGUUUACCUCACUCCACAAUGACAAACCAACUCUUCCUGCCAGCGCUUCCGCUCCUGUCGAAUUUGAUGCCCUAAUGAAAACGCAAUCUCAUUUUGAAGAAAUCAUGUCUGAAUCUGCCGCUGGUGUAUCUUUGCCUCUAGAUAUGAAACGAUCUGAGACUUCGAUUCGAGACCUGCGGCAGAUUGUGCGGUAUUCGCAGCUCGCCUCGCGCAAUGAAAUGGUCCUCGAAUUCGAUGGGUUUAUCGAGACGGCCCGCAUAGCAUCAUACGACCUGCAGAAAUUCAAUUCGCACGUCGGCCGCGGCGUGGACAUUGUCCUGAGCACGGCGCGCUGGACACAACGUGUGCUUGAUGACAUGGCAGUCAAGCAAUCUUCCCGAGGCAUCAUCCCAGGUUUCAUACAGGACAAGCUUCUUGCGCCUUUCAAACCAAUACAAUUCACCGAAGCAAGGCUUCUCGACCAAUACAUCUCGCAUACGCGGAUAGUGUCCGAAGAGAUUGAGCGCCUGAUCGAAGAGGCCCAAGCUUUGCUCCUGGUCCUGCAGAACCUCGAAGAUCGACUCGACGUGAUCCACGCAAUCGCACUGCGCGACAACGUCUCCGCUCAAGCCAGCAAAGACGAGAUCCUGUCGCAUCUCUGGACCCUCCUCGGCGGCAAUCGCGCCAAGCUGGGCAAGUACAACAACCAACUGACGCUUCUGAGACAAGUCGGCCAGUACCGAAAAGUCGCUUGGGCGCAUGUCUCGGCGACGAUCCUCAAGCUGCAGGCCAUGGGCGCCGAGUUGGAGGAGUUGCGCACCAGGGUGUCGAGCGCCGAGGUGCUGCGAGGACACAAGGAGAUCCCGCUCGCGGUGCAUGUUGAGAACAUAAGAUUGGGGGUGCAGCGACUCGAGGAGGGUAGGGAGAACGCCAGACGCCUUGAGCAGGGCCAUGUCAGACGGGUUAUGGAAGGUGCAGAACAGGGAAAUGUCAUGGCGUUGGGACAGACAUGA